UGUAGUCACAUUUUGCCAUUCGAUCCUUAAUGAUGUUGUGGACACUACGUUUUUUAAUCGUCUUAUUUUAUUUUCGCAAUGCCUUUGCGUUGAAAAAACAAUUCUGUGCACCUUCAGAUAACGUAUGCCUAACAAAAGCAGUACAAGAACAUGUAUACGAUAAGUUUGUUAAAGGUCUAAAUGGAGUAGAGCCAUCUGACCCACUAUACUUGGACAAAGUUAUAGUUAAUCAAGCUAACUUUAAUUACACUCUCUAUAGACCCAUGCUAUUAGGAAUGAGGAAUUGUAAUUUUAUGAAGUUAAGAUUAACGCAAGAUGAAAUAUCUAAAGUAACUUAUGAACUAGAGUGUCCAAACUUGACGAUUAAAGCUGGUUAUGAAGUGAAAGGAACUAUUAACAGGAUUCAAGCAGAAGGAAAAGAUUUUUGUGAAAUUGCAUUCGGCGUCUACAACCUGAAUAUCAGUGGUAUAUAUGAAAGAACGAUGGGAGACGAUGGCAAACUGCACUUCCAUAUACUCUCCUACAAUCUAGAACUAGAUCAAAAAGCAGUAUCAACAGUAUCGUAUCACAAUCUUUUUACUCAUCCCACUGGAAUGGAUGAUUAUUUUGGUAAAAAUUUGGAGAAGCAGACACGAGAUUUAGUAAUGAAGAAAUUUUUAAACAAAUAUGUCAACAACCUUAAAGACUUCCAGCGAAUCGUACCCAUAGAAGAAGUACACUUUAGAUUCGUGUCUGAAUGA